AUGGGAAACAUAUAUUUUAACUUUAUCCUGAAUCAACUUUUUAAUUUUCCUGUUCAUCUUUUGUUCAUUAACAAAGAAUCAGUACCAACAAUUUACAACAAAACAAAAAUCACUGAUGCUUUUCCUGAAGGCUUACCUUACAUUAAACCAAAGUCUUUAGUCACCUCUUCUGGUUUGAAAUGGCAAUAUCAACUAGAUCCAUAUUUGAAAGACACCUUACAAGAAGAAACUGAAAAGCAUUAUUCCCAUUUCUGUAAUGGUGAGAAUGAUAAAAUACAUAGGCCAAUUUAUCUUUUUUUCUCUGGUGCUGGCACUGGAAAAUCCAGGAAUGCAUCUGAAUUUCAUAAUACAUUAAUCAAAUGUUUGAAUUGUUCAAAGAAUUUGGAGCUAAAGGAAAAAAUUCAAAAUGCUUGGGUAUUUAACAUUAGCUUAGAAAAUGGCACCAGCUUUUCUAGGAGUGUUGAGUCAGUUGGUAUUUUUGCUGUUGGAAUUCGAAUGUUUUGGCAACUUUUUCCAGAUUUUGAGGAUUUUGCACGUUUUAUUCAUACUUAUGAGGCUCCAACCCCAUGGGAGGUACUUCAAUUGAUAGCCAUGUAUGAGAAAAAAGACAUGAAACAAAUCUCAGUUAUUUUAGUUGUUGAUGGCCUGCAGAAUUUCAUGACAACACUAGAUGAUGGGCUUAACCAAGAUUCUGCAUUUUAUCAGACUCUAACAGAAAUUGGAGACCUUGCAUUGAGUAAUAAUAUUUUCUUGAUUCCAUGUUGCACUGCAACAAUUUCUCGCACAGUAAAAUCCAUCUUGAAACCAACAGGUCGAUUACAUAUAGAUUUACCAGUAAUUUCUCUUCAACCUCCAACUACCCUUCAGAACAACAUUGUUGUACCUGUUUUUCAACAGGACAAUCACAUCAUUAAAUUGCUUGUGGAUGAUUGUGGAGGACAUGGAAGAGCUCUUGAAGUGCUUGCAGAAACAUUGGAAGAUACAAAUAUCAAUGAAUGCAACAUUGAUAAUUUGAUGCAUCAUUUAUGUUCUAAUAUUAUUUGUCGUUAUGAAGAUGCUUUCAAUAUAACUGCUUUAGAAGCACAGACUAUUGCACGAUUAAUAUUGACCAGAAAACUUUUGGAUCGAAACAAAUAUGUCCCCAAUACAGACAAAUUACCAGACUCCUUUGUUCAUCCUGGAUUAAUUCGAUUUGAGAGAAUAGGAAAUACUGCUGAGGGAUAUUUUGAAGCACCAUACAUUUGGGUCUGGAUAAUGGCACAGCAAGCUGCAAAAAAUGGAGAUCCAUUACUUAAAGACUGGCAAUUCUGUGAUUAUAGAGAGCACAGCUCAGUAUCUGAUCGAAGGUUGCCAGUGGGAUCUCAGUUUUGGAAUCAUUUUGAACAUUUCAUUGCAACUUUUCGUUCAUUAAAAUCUAAGGUACUAUGUGAAAAUGAGUUAACAACAGUUUCAGAAAUUCAUGCUGGAGCACGUCUACAUUUGAAUGAUGAUUUCAAAUUCAAGAACCAUCAUCUAAAAUUGGAAUGUGCUAUUCAUCAUGUGAAUACAAAUUCUGCUACUUAUGAUAAAAGAAUGGAUAUUGAAUGUGAAGGUACAUGUGUCAAUGUUCGGGAAGGUAAACACUGUAUCAUAAAUGCACAAUCUGCCCCAUAUGGUGAUUCUUUUCUUGCAUUAGACCAAUCAAAAGAUAAUAAUCCAAAUGAAGUUCAUCAAGCUAAAAGGUGGAAAAAAAAAUCACUUUCUUUGAAUGAUUAUCAAAAUGAACGAAACAAAUCUGCAUGUGAUAAAGAUUUUUUUAUUCUUUUUACAACUGCCCAAAACUGCAAUUUUGAACUUCCAAUGAACUCUGGGAUUGUGGAUGGCCUCAAAUGGAAAGAAUACUUUGGGCCAUUUGCUGGUAGAGCACAUGUUUAUGCUAUUGUAGGUCCAUUGAAUAUAAAUACUGCAACUUAUACAGAGCUCAUGACAAUUGAUGGCAUUGGUGCAAGUCGAGCAGGCAAAAUUAUCAAAAAGCGACCAUUUAAAACCCUUGAAGAUGCAAAAAGGGAAACAGGUAUACCAGAAAAGGCAUUGAAAAGAUUAAAAUUUCCAGAGGAAGAUUAA